ACUACUAUGUGGACAUGUGGUCUGAGACUUCGAACCACAGAUCAAUUAGAUUCCUGGAUUUUUCUUUUUUACCACAGACUACAUAGCACCCAGCAGUAGCAAAUGUUACAUUAUUACAUUUGUAAAUAAAUAUUUGUUAAUAGUCUUAUCCCAAAAUAAUAUUAUUACGUAAGUUGGCUUAAUUAUUUAAUCUUUAAUGUUAUUACGUUCGUUAAUAUAGUUAAUAAGUGAAGUGCAUCUGCAUAUUGCAGUACUUGCUAAAUUACUCUUUAUACUGCAGUGUGCAUUCAAAGAGUAUGUAUAAUAAUCCUGUGCACUCUGCAGUGUUGCAAACUGCAAAGACAAAGAGCUUAUUAAUCACUUGCAGUGCUUUGCAGUAGCCAUAUCCACAUCCCAGUAUAUUUAUUAUUAUUAUUUUUAGCCAUUUGUGGUAUAGUGGUGUGCAGCCUGCAGUACCUGAAUCUGCCUGUGCUAUUAAGUUUCCUUAUUUUGAGAGUAUUGUCAUAGAUGCAUUAUACAUUAUACAAAGAAUAUACUACCAAAACUCUCAUAAUAAAUUUAAUAUAUUUAUUAAAGAAUAUCUGAAUUAUAAACAUUGCCAGUAACAUACAAUCAAAGGUAUUCAGUACUUCUGUACUAUUCCCCUCCGACAAGUUGGAGAAGACUUAUAAGUGGGUAUGACAAUUUCCAGCAAGUAGGGAUUGAAUCACAACUUGAUGCGUCACCCUUUACUGUUGAGCUAUUGAGGCUUGAAUUAUAAAUUUAAUACAAUACUAAAUACUUAUAUUUAAGGUCUUUGUACUGCUGUGUGCUCGACAAUGAAAAACAGAAGGCCUAAGAUAUUAUGUGUGAAUUGCAACAUACACUUGACUACUCACAAGAGAUAUCACCUACUGGACUCUAGAGUCUGUGCCAUGAUUAGCAACUGGAUAACUGAUGACGAUGUGGUUUGUAAAGCGUGUUGGGAACUGGCAAUGGAGGCUGUUAACCAGGACUUAUCACCAAAUGUCAAAAUUGAAAUUGAACCAAGACAAUUAGGACACACCCAUGUAUGCCUUCUAUGUGGUUGUUCCUUAUUACAUAAACAGCGUGACAAAAUAUUGAGAGACAAUGCGACAGAACUGCAAGAGAAUAUGGUUAAAGUUAUCCAAUUGGAAAUACAACCACGACAGUUGACACCAUUAGAUAGAGUCUGCCAUCCAUGUUGGUUACGAACUAAGAGAAAAGCUCUCCGAACCAAAAGUGUUGUUGAAGUGAACAAUGAACCGGAAGAAGACAUGUCAAUGGAUAACAAAUCACAUGAAAAUCUUAAAGAUCCAGAAGUUCCUAAGCAGAAUGUAUACAAUGUAGUCUUACCAAAUUAUAGGCGAGCAAAAAUUAACACACAUCGUUGUGUAUUUGCAAACUGCACAAGCAAAGGAAAAUUACGCUCUGUAUAUGACAAUGUACGCGCACUUGUUCUGAACAGACACAAAUAUUAUUUGCCAAAGUUAUCCCGCGUGUGUGACGAACAUUUAGCUGCACAUGAUUGGGAUAUUUUGUAUGAUUCGCCGAAUAGUAUGGAUACUUUUAGCGUGGAGCAAAUCGAACAUGUAUUCUCAUUAGUUAAUGCAUACAGCCCAAACAUGGAUUUUGAAAACAUUAAUGAAAUGGAUGAAAGUGUUUUUGAGUACUUGGCAGGGUUUUCCAAAGAGAAAUUCAAGUCCAUAUUGGAGGAAGUUCCCAGAAUUUCAGAAUUGCGUUUUGGUGAAAUGGGACUUAUGGCCUUGUUAAUAAAGAGCAGAACUGGAGACUCCAAUACAAAGUUAGCUACACUGAUGAAUAAGCCACGUCGGACAUUGGAAGGUUUGAUGGAUAAAGUUAGGGAAAUACUUGGACAAGACAUUGCACCAAAUGAGGAUGCAAGUGAUGGUACUUUGUGGUGGAAAGAAGUUGGACUUCUGUGCCCUUAACUUAAUCAAUGUUUAUGGGAAAAAGUAAUUACACUGUUGAGUGCUUACUGUAGUUGAAACUCUUGGGCACUCCACAGACAGGCGUCUGUUUAAAUUUUGCAUUACCAGCAGAAGUGUUCCUUGAUGACUGAUUGAGAGAAGAUUAAUAAAUAUUUUAUUUUAAUUCUCAAAUCCCAAUAA